UGCAAACAGUUUUAUACAUAAAUGGAAUUUCAAUUUUUUCAUGGAAAUAUAACUAAAGAAAAGUGUGAAGAAAUACUGAGCAAAGUAGGAAUAAAUGGAAGUUUCUUAGUACGAGAUAGUGAGAGCAUACCUGGCGCUCUUUGCCUGUGCGUUUUUUAUGAACAUCUUAUCUACACUUACCGAAUCUUCAGGAAAAGUGAUGGACAUUUUAUGAUGCAGACAUCUGAAGGUACUCCAAGACAUGUCUUCAGAACAUUUAACAGUUUAAUUGAAAACUACAAAAAGCCAAAUCAAGGCCUAGUAAUCAAUUUGUGCUACCCUGUAAAUCGUUGUCCUUACUAUCAAGAAACUCAAACUGUGUAUGUCACUAAAGAAGAAGCAUAUGAGGAUCCAGAUGUUGGUGAAGAUUACAUUAACGUCUUGCCCGAUUAAUCUGUUCACUCCGUUUCAGCAGGGGUGUUCUAUGGAUCACACCCAUGCAAACUCUUCUAUUCACUUCACUGGAUUCUGUGUUCAUUUGUACUUUCGAUAAUUAGGUGACAAAUACCAAUUUUUACUUGCUGGUUUGCUUGCCUGUGUAAAAAGGCACAUUUUGUAAAAUGCAUACAUACUUGUAUAAUCUUCUUUCCAUGUACUGAGUACAUACACGCCCUGAUGAAGUGGACAUAUGAAAAGCUUAUACCACAAAAAGGUGAUAGCUUUUUCCAUUUUGCAAUACCUCAUUAUAUUUUCACUUUAACAGUUUUCCUUUAUUUGCACUAUUUAACUUACUAUAUCUGAGAGUCAUAAAUGCAAGGAUCUUUGAUCUUUAUAAUAUUCUAAAUUGUUUAUUUUAGUAUUAUUCAAUAUCAUUGCUAUAAGUAACACUUACAAAAACACAGAUAUAUUUAAAUCUCAUGUUUUAAGAUCACAGUAAUGAAUAUAAGAAACCUAAGAAUGUUUAUAUAGCUGAUCAAGUAGCUAUGCAAGAUUUGGUUAAGAAGUAGCAUAAGCACCUCUAGUAACCACCAAUUAUUAUUUACUAUGUUAAGCAAGCCAAAUGCUUAACUCAUCAUCAUGCUACAUCAUGUCCAUUCAAGAGGCAAAGUUUGGAAAGAUCAAUCACCUUAAUAGUUUAUGCCCUCUCAGAAGACUUUGUAUUUACUAAAAUUGUAUUUUUAAAGAAGACGAUAUGUAAUUUCUGAUUAAAUUAUUGGGUCUUUAUCAGGGGUGAAAUGCUCCCGGUUCAGACCGGAUUGCCCGAUCCGGUAGCGAUGGAGACGUGUGGUUCGGAGAACCGGUAACAAAAAUCCCUGCCCCCUCAUUGCCCAGCUGAGCCGCGCAAUCAUCAGAGGCUUUUUUUCAAUUUUUAAAAGCAUUUUUUCUACAACCUCUUUGGCCAAAAAAUGCUUUUAAAAGUAAAAAAAAAGAAGCCUCUGAUGAUCACGCGGCUCAACUGGGAUCAUCAGAGGCUUUUAAAAGCAUUUUUUCUACAACCUCUUCCACCAAAGAGGUUGUAGAAAAAAUGGUUUUAAAAGUAAAAAAAAAAAAAAGUUGGCCACGCCCACUCAGUCAUAUUAACCCCACCACAACCAAGCCAUGCCCACAGAACCAGUAGUAACAAAUUUUACAUUUCACCACUGGUUUUUAUUCUUCUUUGAUUUUCUCUUUCUGCAUAUAUAUUUCUGCAUAAAAGAAACCUGCAAACUCUGUUCCUCAAUGCGAUGAUGAUGUCACCUAGCCUGUAAAUGAAAUGUCUGCAAGAAAAAAGGGAAGCUCAGAGGACACCAAGAAGCCAACAAUUAUCUGAAUUACAUAAUUUUAUUUGGGUGAAGUGUGUUGGUCACUAUACAAGAAAAGAUACUAGUACAUAUAGUUUUUCUUGAUGGUAUUUUACAAUGGAAUUUUACAUUUUGAUCAAUUGUUGCAGGUAGCAUGCAGGAUGAAUUUAAGGAACUCUUAUGUUUUCUUUUUAGUUUAUAUAUAAAAAUAAAAUGCAUAACAUCUACCACUUUAAAUGAGCUGCAGUUUAGAAAAGAAAAACAUCAUUAAAAUGUUUGAUUAGUUCCACCAAUUCAUUUUCUUGUUAAAGUAACGCUAUUACAGAAUUUGGUCUGUAAUUCUUUAGUAAAAACAUUGGCAUGUUACUAAUAUUUUAAAAAUGUACUAGAAGGCAAAAAAGGGACAGUAUGCCAGAGAAAUGAGUUUAAAUUGUAAAAAAUAUAUAUACAUUCGUUUAACUUAAAUUACAUUGUUAAACUAGACACAUUUUUUAAAAAAGUUACCGAAGCAUAAAUAAAAUAACUAAGUGUAUCCUUACAUUUUAAAAAAUUGAAGUAAAAUCACCUCUAGCUGAGCCUUAUAGAUGUCUACAUUUUUAAUAUAAUUUCAGUGCAAGGUUUUUUUAGUUACCAUCUUCUUUUUUUCUGCUAAUGGCUUUUACAUUUUUAAAUUAUAAUGUACUCAAGUGUUCUUUUCAAUUCAUUUUAACCAUAAUGUUAAUGUGCUAUAAUCCAUGCUGUUAAUUGAAAUGUCUUGAUGAACUGUGAAGAAUACAUCUCUAUAAAAAAAUAA